AUGUCUAUCUCAGUUUCAGGAAGGAUCAGGGGUUUUGCGCACGUAGACAUGAUUUAGCUAAUUCACAUUUAAGAUCAAGAGAAGAAUCUUGAACCUUUCAAGGUCAAAGUGCAUUUAUGGACCACAAUCAAAGAAUUGAAAGAUAAGAUUCAAGUUCAGACUGGUUACCCUGCCCAAAGACAAAGACUCUUUUAUAAUAACAAUGAGCUUGACAAUCCAAAGUCGUUGGAUUCUUACAAUCUUUUAUCGAGAAAUAAUGUUAUUGCUUUAAGACUAAGACCAGAUAUUGAUUAGAUGAACUCCUAUAUUGAGGUCUAUGGCUCUGUAAGCUGCAAUAAGAAAAUGAAAUAAAUUAUUGAGAACAUCAGGCAAGGUUUUAAUUCAGGACUAAUACCGAGACUUGCGGACGAUGGAACAAGUGGAACUUAUGAAAUGAGAAAUACUAAUAAAAACAAAAUAGCUAUUUUCAAGCCAAUCGAUGAAGAACCCUUUGCCCCAAAUAACCCAAGAGGUCAUUAAGGACCAUUCGGUAGCUAAACUUUUAGACCAGGUGUUCUCUCAGGAGAAUCAUGCAUUCGUGAAGUCGCAGCAUAUCUUAUUGAUAGAAAUGGUUUUUCUAAGGUGCCAGCAACUACUUUCGUAGAAGUUGUUCAUAACUCUAUGAAAUUUGUGCCUUUCACUGGACUGGAGGUUACAUCUGAUAGAUAUUUUGAGAUUAUGUCGUCUUUAAUUAAGCCUGAAUAAGAGGAAAAAUAAAAUAGCAAGAAUAAUAGUAUAUCCAAAACUAAUGGCUCAUCAUCACUGAACCAAAACAGUAAAAAUUCUAACAAAGAUAAAAAUCAAAAAGAAAGCAUUGUGAAGAAAAUAGCUUUAGAGAGCCAGAUAGGCAUGAAAUUCGGUUCUCUCUAGUAUUUCUGCAAAAGUGUAGGAGCAAUUGAGAAUUAUUCUCCUGAUUUAUUCCACAAAGAUGAAGUGCAUAAGAUCGCGAUCUUAGAUUUGAGAAUUUUGAAUCUUGAUAGAAAUGAAUCGAACAUUCUGGUCCAAAUAAAGAAGGACAAAAAGACAAACAAGAAUGUGAAGACCUUAGUACCGAUAGACCAUGGCUUGUGCUUCCCCGACAACUUGGCGAUAUGUUCAUUCGACAUUGCCUGGUUAUCUUGGAGAUAAGCAGAGGUGCCAUUCUCCAGAAGAUCACCUAUUUGCUUAAGAAACGUCAGGAUAAGCUCCCACCUCUUGCAGAUAGGUGCUAAAUAUGGUCUGACUUUGGCAUAGAUAGGACAGAUCUUGUGUAGACCAGAUGAAGACGAAACUCAGUUGUCUUUGUUGGAGAGAAUCGUUAAGAAAGCGAGACUCAUUACUGACAUGAUGAUGAAAAUGCAAACUAAAGUAAAGGAUUCUAAUCUUAGAAAUUUAAAUGACGACAGCAAAAAGAACAAGACCUACAGAAAUAUGGAUCUAAGUGCAGACGAAGAAGAAAACGGAGAUGAGAGUUUAAGCGGGGCAAGCAAUUCAAGAUCUAAGAGAAAUAGACUUAAUUCAAUCAAUGAUGCUACAUUCACUAGCAAUUUAGGCAGAACUACUUAGUUGCCAAUGACAGCAUUUAUGAGUCUAGGGGCAGUCGCAAUGAAUGAUGAUAACGGAAAUGAAUAUAGGGUAGAGGCAAAGAGAAGAGGCAUGUCUGAUGUUGAUGACACAAACUUCAAAUAGCUUUAAGAUAAUGCAUCAAUUGAAAUUUAGGCUUCUCUUAGCAGAAUGAAAUCAACUAAGCAAAGUGUUGAAAUAGGACAUUCUCCUAUAGUUUCGCCAAAAAAGCAAUAGAAUGCAUUUUUGUUUGAUAAAUAACAUACAAACGGUUUUCAUAAUGACUCUAAAGGAAAUACUUCGUCAGAAGAAGAGAAAAUAGGAGAGAGUUUAAGCAAAACUAACAAAAUUUAAGAAAACGGACACUCAAAGCAAAAAGUGAUAAAUGGAAACCCAAGAAACAGAAGUAACUCUAAUUAGUCUUUUACUGAACCUGGCUCAAAGGUGAAGGAUGAAAGUAAAAAACUUAGAAGAACUGCAUCAUUCUCUAACAUUUAGAUAUAAGAGGCAACAAAUGAGGAGGAAGAAGAGGACGAGUAAGAAGAGAAGUAAGGUAACUAAUAGCAGAUGCCAAUUAAGCAGAGAUUGAUGAAGAUGAAAGCUCAAUAGCAUCUCGAUAGAUUUUAGAUGGGGAAAUUAGAUUAAGGCCUUAUCAAUGGGAGUAGACUAGCUGCUAAAUCUUACUUCGAAGGGUCUAUUAGAAACUCUGCUCACGAUGAAGAAUUCUUCCACUAUUUCUUGCAGUACUUAGAUGAGGCAGUUAGAAAACUCAAGGAGUAGGGCGGAAAUCCAGAAUUUGAGGACUUAGAAGACGACAUUGGAGAAAAUGAAUAUGAAAUGGACUGA